CUUGAGUCAUUAGCAGGCUGCUCUGGGGGUGGAUGGCCCGAGCUCUGGCCAGAGGGACAGACAUGAAGAGCAGCCUCACAGGCAGAAGGGGCAGAGUGCAGGGCUACAGAUGGGGCAGAGCUUGGCAUAUUGGGGACAAAAUAAGUGUUGACGGGCAGGAGGAGAGCAAACCAGGGUGGUACAAGAUGUGUUCAGAGAGACUGGCCCUUUGUACAAAUGAAUAAGAAAUCAGAAUCUUUUUCUCUAAAAGCAGUGAGAAGCCAUUGAGGAUUUUAAACCAGCGAUUUGACUGAUAUUUCUGAAGUAUCCUUCUGGCUCCUCUGUGAUGUCGUUGACAUAAGGAGUGUGGCUCUCACCACUUCAUUGACAUAGGAUGUGUACAUGGCUCUCCAGGUCAGAGUUGCUCCAAGCAAGGUUGUUUUGCAGAACCUUCUCAUAUGUGUCAUCCUCUUCUACACUGUAUACUACGUGGUCCUCAGCGUGGGCUGCAUGGCGCUCCAGGUGUAUGAACUCAGUCUCCUGGCACCGUUUGACUUCAAAACAUGCCCCUCAUGGCUCAACACAAGUUAUCAAGUUCUUUUAAUCUCAACAGAAGUCACCUACUUCAUCUGUGGAUUGCUUUUUGCUCUUAUUGUGGAAGAAUGGGUGUGGGAUUAUGCUAUUUCAGUAACUAUUCUCCAUGUUGCCAUCACUUCAACAGUUAUGUUGGAAUUCCCUUUGGCAUCACACUGGUGGGCUGCUUUAGGAUCCGGCUUAAUUUCAAUGAUAUGUGGGGGCCAAGCUUUAGCAUGCUGUUUGUUCAAAGACAACUUUAUCUAUCCAGAGCUGGAUGGUUUUUAACAGAAAGGCUGAAUUAAUUUGCCUCAGAUUUUCUAUAUUAUUAUGUACAUUGUGUCAGAAUUAAAUUGUAUUUUUUGUUCACACCUAUAUUCAAGGUUAAAUUUAUUCAGGAGACUUUCUAACUAUGAAAAGAAAAAAGAGAAGUUAAUGGAGAGCAGAAGAAUCCAAGUCAAGAAUUCAUGAGCAAAAUGUUGCAAACUCAUAAACGCAGUGUUCCUUAGUGUGUUCCAUAAAAUGUUAGUUCUGAAGGAUGUUAAUGAUGCCAUGCAAAGAAAAUAAAAGUUUCCUUAAGUAUAUUUGUGGAAUCCUGGGCUUAACUAAAACAGACUUAUUUAUUUCAGGACUUCUUAAAAUCCUUAACAUACUACUGUAAACACAGCAGUGGUAAGCCUCAUGCAUGGUUUCUCAAAUGUAUUUGACCAGGAACAUACCUUUAGGAGAUGCUAAUGCAUCUCUGGAAAGUAUAACACAGAAGAAGGCAGAUUCAAAACUGCAGCAAAUCCCUGUAACCAGAAUUCGAUUCUAUUAUUAUCUCUAAUAACUUCUUCUGUGUUUGAGUAUUUCUUAUGAAAUUAUUGCUUUUAAAAACAGUAUCUAUUUAUUUCCUUAGAUAAUGAUCUUCUAACGGUGCUUUGCAAAAUUUAUGUACAUUUAGCCCUGGCUGGCGUAGCUCAGUGGACUGAGCAUGGGCUGCGAACCAGUGUCGCAGGUUCGAUUCCCAGUCAGGGUACAUGCCUGGGUUGCAGGCCAUGACCCCCAGCGACCACACAUUGAUGUUUCUCUCUCUCUCUCUUUCUCCCUCCCUUCCCUCUCUAAAAAAUAAAUAAAUAAAAUCUUAAAGAAGAAGAGAUUUAAAAAACAUAUGUACAUUUGAGUCACCAGAGGUUCUUGUUACAAUGCUGAUUUUGGUUUUGAAGGACUGGGUGGAGGCUGAAAGUCUGUAUUUCUAGCAAUUCCUGGGAAAUGCCUGUGUUGCCGGUUCAUGUUGCUGCUUUAAGUAAGCGAGGUCUAAGGGCUUGGGACCAUACAGGUUUUCAGGUAGUGUAGCUCUAUAUUGCCAAUCACAUGUUUUUUAUAUCACUGUUUUCAAUAAAUGCUUGUUGAAUCACAUUACAAAUGAAGAGCAUUAAAUUUGUAUGUGUCUUAAAUAUUUACCACUUUUUAUAUAGUUUACAUAUCUCCUGAUACAAAAGAAGUGCAUACAAUGUUUACAGCUAAAAUAUAAAUAGCAUACACUCCCCAACACACACACACACGCACACACAUACACAGGCUCAUUCCUACAUUCCUGCACACAAACAUUCUGGGAAACAAUUAGAAACCAAA